AUUCUCAGCCUUCUCUCCCUUAAAUUCCUCACCCAUCCAAAACUUUUCCAGCUCACCAGAAAAGAUAUAUCCAACCUUGUCUUUUCAGCCAUCACCAACUCCCAGUCUUCAUUUCCUGUCAUCGCCUGCCUCCUCGGCGAACUCAGACUCCUCACUUCUGAACUUGGCCGCUUAGGACUCUCCUCCGCUAUUGUCUGCGACAUCUUGAGCUUGUUUCUCCGAUCUUUCACCCGUCUCGCUUCCCGUUCCUUGAACAAAGGCCAAACCGCUGGCCUCAUUCCUACUCUUCAAACCGCCUUCUUCAUGCUCGCCUAUAUCUUUGCUGUUGUUUAUGUGGCCCGCCCUGCCAUGAACUGGAUCAUCCAGCAUCGCCUAUAUCUUUGCUGUUGUUUAUGUGGCCCGCCUUGCCAUGAAUUGGAUCAUCCAGCAGACUCCCAAAGGAAAGCCUGUUCACAAAGGCUACCUCUUCUUCAUCAUGCUCGUCGCCCUAAUCACCGGCCUCUUUUCCUACUGGUUGGAUCAAUCUUUCUACUUUGGCCCUUUCAUCUUUGGCUUGGCUGCCCCUGAUGGUCCCCCGCUCGGCUCCAGUCUCGUUCAGAGGUACGAUUUCAUGGUCUCCGCUGUUCUUCUCCCGCUCUUUGUAACCUCCAAUGUGCUGCUGGUGAAUCCCAAAGACAUGAGUUUUCAAAGCCAUGUUGUCAAGGCCAAUGCCACCCUCCUACUUGUGAGUACCGCCGCCAAAUUGGUAGGCACUUUCGUGCCUGCGGUCUUCUGCAAGAUGCCUCUCAUGGAUGCUCUCGUGCUCGCUCUCAUCUUGAGCUGCAAAGGUGUUGUUGAGUUGGGCAACUUGGCCACUGAUGGCGAGACUUUGGACAACGAGGUUUAUUGUCUCAUGGUAUUUGCUAUCCUAAUCAACGCAUGCUUUGUGCCAUUGCUUGUGAAGCACUUGUACAAACCAUCCAGGAAGUAUGCAGGCUAUCAGCAAAGAAACGUCUCCUGUCUCAGAUCCAACUCUGAGCUCCGCAUACUUGCCUGCAUUCACAGACAAGACAACAUUUCCGCUGUCAUCAAUUUGUUGGACGCCUGCUGUCCAACCAAAGACAACCCCAUUGGCCUCUAUGUCCUUCACCUCAUCCAGAUGUUCGGCCAAGCCACCCCUCUUUUCAUUUCCCACAGAAUGCAGAGGAAGACCAUCUCCAACUGCGCCUACUCCGAGGACGUGCUUCUUUCCUUCUUUAAUUUCGAGCGCGACUUCUGUGAAGCUGUCACAGUCCACCCUUUCACAGCCGUGUGUCCAUCCGAUUCGAUGCACGAGGACAUAUGCACCCUUGCGCUCGAUCGGCUCGCAUCUCUCUUGAUCCUCCCUUUCCAUCGGCAUUGGACUCUGGAUGGCUCCAUCAAAUCACAGGAUCCGACCAUAAGGUCCUUGAACAUCAGCGUCCUCGAAAGAGCACCGUGCUCUGUUGGAAUUCUUGUGAACCGUGGCCCUCUGAGACAGCAAGGCAAAUCCUCCUCAUCCUCACAAGCACUGCAAUACAAAGUUGCCUUGAUCUUCUUGGGAGGCGAAGAUGAUAGGGAGGCAUUGGCCUUAACUCAACGGAUGGCAGCUGAUCCGAGCAUCAGCCUAACCGUCUACUAUCUCACAGCCUCGACAGACAGUGACGUCCCCGACUGGGGCAGGAUUCUUGACAUGGAGAGCUUGAGGAAUUACAAGGAGGCCUAUGUUAGCGAUGACAGCUAUGCAUUCUACAAAGAGGAAGUGGCAGAGAACGGACCCCAAACCGUGGCGAUACUUCGGAAUAUUGUGAACCAAUAUGAGCUUUUGGUUGUUGGGAGAAGAAAGAACAUGGAAACCUCUCAAACUUCAGGACUUGAUGAAUGGAAUGAAUUCCCGGAGCUUGGUAUUGUCGGCGACAUGAUCGCCUCUGAUGAUUUCAGGUGCAGAUGCUCUAUCUUGGUGGUGCAAAAACAACAAUAUACGACUUCGUAAUGGAAGAUUGAGCUAGUCAUCAUCUAUUGUU